AUGACCAUCGAUGUGUACUACACCAUGCUCAGCCCGCCGGCCCGUUCGGUGCUGGUGGUGGCGAAGCACCUCGGCCUGGCCGUCACCACCAAGGAGGUGGACCUUUUCGCCGGUGGGACACGAACUCCCGAGUACCUGAAGAUGAACCCCAGUCACACUGUGCCCACGCUGGACGACAAUGGCUUCGUCCUCUUCGAGAGCCGGGCCAUCCUCGCCUACCUCGUCAACAAGUACUCGCCCAAUCAUAGUGUCUACCCGGAAGAUCCGCAGACCCGAGCCGCCAUCGACAAGGUCCUCUUCUUCGACGCCUCGGCCAUCUUUCCGGCGAUUCGUGGCAUCGUAGUUCCCAAGGUCUUCAAGAAGAUCGAGGUGCCCGCCGAGGCAGUGGCCGAGCUGAAGGAGAAGGUGGAAAUAGUGGAGGCCAUCCUCGGUGACCAGCGAUUUCUGGCCGGGGAGAAUGUGACCCUGGCUGAUAUCUCCUUUGGAGUGGAGGUUCCCAUGAUCAAGGUCCUGUACCCGAGCUUCAUCUCGCCAAAGCUUCAGGCCUGGUACGACCGAACGUUGCGAGAUGUACCGGCGCUGGAGGAGUACAACUCUCAGGCGGAUUACACGGCCUUCCUCAAGAAGCUGUAA